CAACAGCCUCCUGUUCUGUUCUUCCAUACAGGCAUUAGGUAAUCGGUGAUUGAUUGCGUUGGCCACAAUGUCGAAGAAAAUUGUGAUCAAAGCUGAUCUCAUUGGCAGAGCAUGCAAGAGUGAGAUUUUGGCGAUUGUUGCCAAGAUCCAGGGGAUCAAGUCCAUGGACAUUGACGAGGAGAAGUGCACGCUGACGGUGGUCGGGAUUCUCGACCCAGUGUGCAUCGUGCGGAAGCUGAGGAAGAAGUGCUUCGCCGCGUGCAUUGUCACCGUGGAGGAUGACAAGCCCAAGGAGAAGGACCCCUGCAAGGAGGCCAAGGAGAAAUUGGAGAAGGCUUACAAGGAGUACUGUGAGAAGUGCAAGCCAAACUGCUGCACCUGCUCUUGCCUGCCCCCCUGCCCACCCCCAUGUCCGCCACCCUGCCCACCCCUAUGUCCGCCACCCUGCCCACCCCUAUGUCCGCCACCCUGCCACUACCCCAGCAUGUGGCCACCGCCACCACCAGUAGGCUGGUGUUAUGAGGAGAGAUAUCAUGGACAUGGGGGAGAAUGCGUCAUCCAGUAGCCAGCACCUGCAAGCAAAUUCUGGAGAAUGAUUGGUUAUAUAACAGAAAGUCAUGUCACUGUAUAUGGAUUCCAACAUGUACUUUUCAGUUCUUGCUUCAUAGAUUUGAUAUCCACCUUUUAUUUUUAUGAUGCAUAUGUUACAUUUAGUUGGUUUCUCCUUUUCCUCUGAAAAUGC